UGUCCCACAGAGCGGAAGUGCGUCACUGAGGCGGGUUUUUUUGGAUUGAUAUUGGCAUCCCGACCGGGAUUUCAGUGACAGCCCCGGGUGAACAACUCGCCGCGUCCCCUGGUGUAUGGAGCGCUUUGUGCUGUGCAUUCACUGGGAGAGGAGGGCGGAGAGUGGCGCUGAGCAGCACCGAGUCCCCCAAGGUUUGGCCUAUGCUCAGGAUAUAUACACCCAGCUGAAGGAAUACUCCACAAAAUAUACAAGCACUUUUCCAGCCUGCUCACUGACCGGUAACCCAGGAACAAGGAAGUGGUUCUUUGCGCUUCAGUCACUUUAUGGUUCUUUUCAGUUCUGCAGUUCAGAUUGGGAUGACCUCUGUCCAGCAGUUACAACAGAAGAUAAUGAAGAGCCUGUUCAGACUGCACUAGAUGAAUGCUUAGAAGCACUGCAGUUCCCAGAUGGGGAAGAUGACAACAGCAGAGACUCCAUUUCUCAAACGAAUUUAUUUGAAGAAGCUGCAGAAUUACUUCACCAGUUGUCAGACAAACUUCCUGCACCUGGUCGAGCUUUGGUGGAUGUUCUGCUGUUCACUCCAGAGGCUCCAAAGUUAAAAGACUGUUUGUCUGCAAUUGGGGCCAUAAAGCACCUGAAAGAAUGGCAUUCAGCCAAGAUAACCAUUGUUUCAAAGGAUUGCAAAGGAUGGCAGAAGAUAGCGAAGUUUCUCUCAGCAAAUGUUGUGGAAUCAGCCUGUCCUAAGGAAUUAAUUGACUCGCAUGAAUUAUGGAGGGGAAACAUAGAGAUCAGUGAGAGAAAGUUUACAUCUGAAGUUGAAUUUCCAGAAUUUUGUUUACGAUCUGUCUCUGAUGACAAGUUUCCUUAUUUUGAACAUAAUGGCGAUGACAAAAACAAGGCUGUGUUAUUACCAGAGGUUUUUCAUUACUACGGUACAUCGCUGGAGUAUGUCCAGAUGGUGGCGCUUUCAGAGAUCCCUUCUUACUUUGUAUCGGAUUCUGUGUUUGAACUUAUAACAAGGAAUGCUCUGCAAGGAAAAUCUAAGCUGAUGUUGGACCAGCUGUGCUCCCUGACUGACAAGGUAGGGGCUAUAUUCAUGUUAUCAUGCAAUGUCUGCAGCCUGCCAAAUCCACCGGCACUUCAACGCAGCUCAAAGAAAUGGAGAGAGUAUAUGUCUAGGAAACCUAAAGACAUUAAAGUUCCAGGAGUAGAGUUAAAAGGAGAGUAUUGCAGUUACUACUUCUUAAUUCAAGGCAAAGGCUCCGGAUUCUGUAAGGCAACAUUGUUACAUUCCGCCAGCCAGAUCAGCGGGGCAGCUUCCUUGGUCUUGUUGCAUCAGAGGUUGAAUAAUUACCAACCAGGCAAUAUGGCAGAAGGAACUUCAGAGAUUUUAGAUUCUGUUCCCCAUUUUCGCGGAGAGCAGAUUGCUGUGAGAGAGCGAAUACUAGCUCGGGCUCAGGCACUAGCUGUGAAUGAGUAUCUAAAAAGACAUGAAGCCCUGCCGCAUCCGUCAGUGUCUCAUGUUAACAAUCUCAGGACACUGUUAGCAGUUACAAGGGAACGUGUCAUUGGAGACUGUGAGAGCAGGUUAGAUGGUGUAUCCUACAAAAAUCUGCAGAAUAUCACUGUUUCUACACCAACUGUUUCAGAAUCGGAAGCAAUGAUAUCUAACCCUGCAGACUGGCCUGAAAGAAAUGUUCUUCAGAAUUUGGAAAAUUUUGAAAAAGUAAAACAGAGGUUAAGGGCAUCCAUACUUUCCAGUUCAGCAGAACAGCUGCUUGGGCGUAAGGAUGGACUGAAGGAAGGAAUGACUUUGCUCGAUGCUAAAGAACUAUUGAAAUAUUUUACUCCACAAGGUAUUGCUGUUGGGGAGCUGCAGCCUUUACAAGUUCAACGCGGUGACAAUGCAUUCCUUCUAACUCCAAAACUUACCCCAAAGAAAUUAAAAGGUUUACCCUUUGAAAAAGCUGCUGAGUGCCAUUAUCACGGUCUAGAAUAUUGCCUCGACAACAGAAAGGCCCUUGAUCGAGAUGUGGCGUUUUCCGAACUACAGUCCCGCCUUAUUCGCUAUGAAACCCAGACGACUUGCACAAGGGAGUGCUGCCCUGUUCCAUUUGCUUUAAGCCCCCUUCCUUCCCCUGCUGUCCUCUCGGAGCCAGGCAGUGUGCCUGAUGGAGAAUCCAUACAAACUGAGCUUAGGGGAGAGCCAUUACUGCUGAAACGGCGCUCAAGGGACUUAGAUGGACUGUAUGCCAGCAAGAGACUUGCAAAAUCAGGAAGUUCUGAUUCUUUGGUGUCACUUGCAAGCGAAGGUAGUGGGCAUCAGCCGCCGACUAGAGCCACAAGACUGCGGCCGGAAAGAGCAGCUUCAUCCACUUCAGCGGUUCAGCCACCUAGCGCAAGGGUCCAAAUGGCACCAAGUGUACCAGCUCAAUCAAAGCAAAGCACUCAUCCCGACCUGGAACAGAAGGAGUCUAGAUCCCAAAAACACAAUCGGAUGCUGAAAGAAGUGGUUUCAAAAACCCUUCAGAAAUAUGGCAUUGGCGUGGAACAUCCAUGUUAUGCAGCCUGCAACCAGAGAUUGUUUGAUAUAUCAAAGUUCUUUUUAAAGGAUCUGAAAACAUCAAGAGGUCUGUUAGAUGAAAUGAAGAAAGCUGCAAGUAACAACGCCAAACAGGUGAUUCAGUGGGAACUGGACAAGCUAAAGAAGAAAUAACCCCAAGAAUCCUCUGUCCUUCCCGUACUACUGCAAUGUAGGGUUGUGGAGGUGCAGAGCUCUGAGAGCACAGGGGUAACACAAGGAGGGAGGACCAAUUAUGCACAUUUAAUCUUCUUCAUAUUUAUUUGUAUAUAAGUAUUAAGCCUGAUUUAAUAUACAAAGCAGUCAGGGGUAAAUGGACACCAGCACUGCAAAUAGGAACCCCAUCCCCUCCAGAACCCAAAAUAUAUCUGCACUCCAAGUAGAUGUGAAGCAGAGGAGACCCCUGCAUGUUUAACCAGCCGAGUAGUGAUGUUACCCCAGUACCCCUAGUCACACUGUUAUGUUCCUAUGGUGAGUCAGGCCAGGAUGAUAAAGCAGUGUUUACUGUAACCUACUUCCUUAUUACACUUUGGCUUCCUUGAAUAAUAUGAUAAUAUGAGCUGUAUAUUAUAAAUACAAUUUGUAAAUGUUUGCUUUUUUAAAAUUAAAAUAUAUUUUUUUUCCUUAAUAAACA